AUGUCCCGAACGCGCCCUCCAAACCUCCAGAAAUGGAGCUCAUUGCAUUGUCGCUCGAAUCUCUUCUCCGUACGACAGAUCCGUCCCUCAAUUUCCGGCUCAGUUGACAUUCUCCCUCGCAACAGCCGCAAUAAUCAACAACCCUUCCACUCCACCACAACCUACUACGCCGCACCGGUGCGAUCACCUGCUGCUCAACGAGCACAACAACGUCCAAAUGUAGUACAAAGGACGAGAUCAAUCUUCCCAGGCGAUGAACGCGCCGGACCGGGCUCAGCAGGCACACUUAACUCGAAGCUCCGAAUCCUUGAAAAGACCGGACUAGGACUCAUGACCGAGAUGCUGAAAGACGGAAUAAUUGAUAAAUCAGUCACGCCAACAAAGUUCAAGCAUGUCACCAAGGCCCUUUUGGGUAAUGCGCUAUGCGGGCCGCCGUCAAGAGAGGGUAUUGAUGGGAUUGCGAGGGAUUCCGGAUUGGAUGUCGACACCAUCUUUGAGAUCGGACGCGCAAUUACCCGCGACGACAAGGCCUUGUCGCACUGGAUCAUAACAGCAUGUACUCUCGCCGGUGCGAAAAUGGCUCUCUUCCUCACGGCAACACAGUACCUCCGGGGCUGCCACGACCAGUCCAGCGUCCUCUACGCUACUUCCACUACCUCGCCCGCGCGUACUUCUUUUCUCGACCAGAUCCAGGCGCUCGCUACGCAGUCUGACCCCGAAGGCGUAGACAACCGCGACCCGCGCGCAAUGCUUAUCUACGCCAAGGUGCUCGGCUUACAGAGGAGAUUCACGGGGGCUCUUGCGCUUGUCGAGGAGGUCAUUGGGCGGAUUCAUCCGACCCGUAUGGAGAUGAAGGCAAACAAAGAUUUAACGGUCUCGUCGAGGAUCGAGCCGCCCUGGGAACUGUAUCUGUGGUUGAAGCGCGCGUCGAAGGGAGCUACCAAGGGCAAACCAAGUGGCUACGACACGGGCGAGCGCCUUGAUGACCUGACCGAACAAGAAAUCGACGUGCUACGCCGCGGAGCGGUAGAUUUCAUGGAUCCGGUCGCACUGAGUCUCUACGCAGAUGUCAUGAGGCAACAGGGCGAUACCAAGAAGUACGAAGAGUACAUGGGUAAAGCAGCUGCAGCAGGAAACAGAGACGCCAGUCGCAAAAUCGGCAAUCUGUACUUCCUCAUCUUUUCACAGCAACACCCCCGACCUGGGGAGAGCAUUGCAAACCUGGACGCCGACCUGACGGCCGCAGAGAAACCCAAAGGCUUCUUCGCCAGAACAUUAUCAUAUUUCAGGCCCCGCCCACUCCUCGAAUAUCGUGGUCUAGCUAUGGAAUGGUACCGAGUUGCCUGGGCAGCCGGAUGUGUUCGGUCGGGGCUGAAUCUUGCGAUACUUCUUGAACAAGAUGGUGACGCCGAGGGCGCCAAUACUAUAUUAGAAGAGGUUCAAGCGUUAGGAAGAGGGCAACGGGACGUACAGGCGCAGUUGCAGAGACUAGCUGCGAACUUUGUUCUCGGGGAGUCGCAAUUACAGUUGAAAUAUCUGGAUCUUUGA